CACAGCAACAAGGGACCGAAGCCUACCAAAAUGAAUCUUUUCUGCUUUUCACUGGAAGGCUCCAUGGACAGCUUAUAUGAGCCAGUCCCAGAGCAACAAACUAACCGAGAAAGCACCUCUGUCAGGACUGGUUCUCUUAUCUCACCUUUUGCAGAGAGUGGAAAAGCACACGACAGUCUCUUCAUGGAAGUUUCUAAUUUUGAGAAUGCACAACCAAAAAGAACGUCAAUCCAGAGAUCUAUGUCUGAAAACAAAGGAUUUGAAAGAAAAACAAUGAAUGACACAAUCUGGCCGGAACCCUGCAAGCCUGAGAAUGGUUCCCACAUCAGAAGAUUCUGUCAGCUAAAAGAAGAUGAAGAUGAAACGUUGAUUUCCUGUAUAAAAUUAGCCAAAUCCCAAGAAAAGAAAAUUAGUACUGUUAGCACAAAAGGAAAGGAAGAAAUGAAGAUUGGAUUGGAUUCUAUUUCGGCAUCACUGGCUAGAUCCAGCACUGCAACUGGUUGCAACUUGGCCGACAUAUUAUCCCACAAUGAAGGUGAAGUUCAGAUGUGGAACAGCUGGAAGACUUUUCCAGAAAACCCUCUCUGGACAUGUGCUGAUUUCCAAAUUGCCCAAAUUGGACCCUGGAACAACUGUUCUCGCUGCACUCACCACCCACCACUUAAGCCUUCUUAUACAGAUUCGGAUCUCCCACACUCUUGGCGCAGCAGUAGUUUUGGGAAUUUUGAUCAUUUUCGGAAUCACUCCAUUUCAAAACCAGAUGAUUCAACCGAGGCAUAUGAAGGGGAACCCAUAAAUGAAAGUGGAGAACAAAAUAAAACUUCAAAUAAUGGAGGAGGUUUAGGGAAAAAAAUGAGAGCUAUUUCCUGGACAAUGAAGAAAAAAGUGGGUAAAAAGUACAUCAAAGCCCUUUCUGAGGAAAAGGAUGAGGAAGUUGGAGAGGGUGCCCUCCCAUAUCGGAACAGUGACCCAAUGAUUGGAUCUCACACAGAGAAGGUCUCCCUCAAAGCCAGUGACUCCAUGGAUAGUCUCUACAGUGGGCGGAGUUCAUCAAGCGGAAUAACAAGCUGUUCAGAUGGUGGUACAAGUAACCGGGAUAGCUUUCGACUUGAUGAUGAUGGCCCCUACUCUGGACCCUUCUGUGGCCGCGCCAGAGUACAUACUGAUUUUACACCAAGCCCCUAUGACACUGACUCCCUCAAAAUCAAGAAAGGAGACAUCAUAGACAUUAUCUGCAAAACGCCAGUGGGGAUGUGGACAGGAAUGUUGAACAAUAAGGUGGGAAACUUCAAAUUUAUUUAUGUGGAUGUCAUCUCCGAAGAGGAAGCAGCCCCCAAGAAAAUAAAGGCACACCGAAAGAGUGGAAUAGAAAAACCCAAGACUCUGCAGGAGUUCUUAGAGAGGAUUCACCUUCAGGAAUAUACCUCAACACUUUUGCUCAACGGUUAUGAGACCCUAGAAGACUUAAAGGAUAUAAAAGAGAGUCAUCUCAUUGAAUUAAACAUUAAAAACCCAGAAGACAGGAUGAGAUUAUUAUCAGCUGCUGAAAAUCUUCUUGAUGAAGAAACUAUUCAAGAGCAAGAAAAUGAAUCUGUGCCCCCAUCCUUAAGCCCAGACAUCUCCUUAAAUAAGUCACAGUUAGACGACUGCCCAAGGGACUCUGGUUGUUAUAUCUCAUCAGAAAAUUCAGAUAAUGGCAAAGAAGAUCUGGAGUCUGAAAAUCUCUCUGACAUGGUACAGAAGAUUACUAUCACAGAGCCAAGUGACUGAACACACAUUCUCAACUUUAUAUCUAUAGAUGCAUUCCAUUUUAACUCUACUUGAGCUAAAAGAUCAAAUAGGAGAGAAAGUAAGCAUUUCCCGAUACAGCCUAAAGUUAAAAUGUUUUAAUCUAAAUGAUUUUACAUAAAAGUUCAUGUCUCUAACAUUCCCAAUUAUUGUAAAUAGUAUGUAUAUUUAUUAUUUUAAAUGCUACCUGUUAAUAUUUCACUUGCCUGUGUUAGGAAAGGUAUAGUGUAAGUCUUUGAUAUGUGUGAGAUAACUUUAUUCAGCUUUAAGUGUGAAAUGAUAAAUUCUGCAGGAAAAAAACUCCUUUUUUCAUACCUGUCCAUUUUGCCUUUGUGUCUGUUAUUCAACAAAUAGUAAUGGAGCAUGUGUUUGUUUAACCAACUGUCCAAGCAGCAUUCACACUCAUUUUUAUACUUAAUGGGAGAGUGUGAGUUAAUACUGGAGACAUUUUAUCCUGAUCCACAGUGGAGUUUUAGUAAUUAUUUUUUGUUAAUUUCUUCACUGUUAUCUGGUAUAAAAGUAUAGAUAACAAGAUAUUGUUGAUUCUCAUUUAGUAAAAUGAAUUUUAAUAAUUGUACAGAUGUUUCAUCUUUAAUUGUAAAUAUUUUUAAUUGUGAAAUACCCUAAUUUUAAUAAUAAAAAGAACU